UUAUCUCAGCUCCUUUUUCGGGAGGAAAACAAAGCCUGUUCAUAUCGGAGGUCGGUGGAUUAGCAUAAGGAAAAAGGAAACAAAAAACAGUGUCGUUACACGAAUUGUGACCGCACGCCGGGCCGACACCGCAGCGUUUCACGGCAGUGGCAAGCUUGAAGGUCCAUCAGCUCUCCUAAUGAUACAUCACUGUUAAGGCACUUCUGUACUCCCUCAGGAUGGCUAGUUGUGGGGAGGUAGACCACUCUGUCAGCUCGCUUCCUUCCAGUAAGAAAGGAAACAACAACAGUGGUGGUGGAAGUGGGAACAGUGCCGAAUCAUCAUGCUCUGGCUCCAGUAACUCAUCCCCAGCCCUGUCUGUACCAGAGUGUGCCAUCUGUCUGCAGAGCUGUGUCCACCCAGUCCAACUGCCAUGCCAUCACGUCUUCUGUUUCCUGUGUGUGAAGGGAGCAUCCUGGCAGAGCAAACGCUGCGCUCUCUGCAGACAAGAAGUACCGGACGACUUCCUGGAAAGGCCUACACUUCUCUCUCCGGAGGAGCUGAAGGCAUCGGCGGGAGGUCGGGGUGGGGCAGCAAGUGAUCACGCCUGGUACUAUGAGGGCCGUAAUGGUUGGUGGCAGUAUGAUGAGCGAACCAGCCGCGAGCUGGAGGACGCUUUUUCCAAGGGCAAGAAAACCGCCGAAAUGCUGAUUGCUGGGUUUUUGUAUGUAGCUGACUUGGAGAACAUGGUGCAGUACAGGCGCAAUGAGCACGGUCGAAGGCGCAAGAUGAAGAGGGACGUUUUGGAUAUCCCCAAGAAGGGAGUGGCGGGACUGCGUUUGGACACUGAGGGUGUUGCUGGGGCCAUUGGGGCAACCGGGCGAGAAAACUCCGCCGAUGGGGCUGAUACGACAGUAGCAGGUGUACAGCAGCAGGUUACAGGUAUCCCCUCUACUGUUAUAGCCCCUCCAGCCACUGCCAGACCUCCAACCUCCCUUGGUGGUCAGCUUGGUAGCAGCAGCAGCCCCACUCUGGAGGAUACUCUCUCCCAACUGCAAAUCAGCCCGAGGCCCACACCUCAUGAGCGGUCUGAGGCUGGGGAAGGAGAGGAAGAAGAUGAGGAAGAAGAGGCCUCACCCUCUAGGUCCUCUGACCCUCACACCUCUGUGGAUGAGUCUGGCUCUGGAGACUGGAGCGAUGAUGAGGAAGAGGAGGAUGAAGAAGAGGAGGGGGGAGACGGAGAGCGUGUGGAGCCCUGGGAGGAUCGGCCACGGAGGCAAAGACUGAAUCCAGAGGACAGAUCCCCUCCUGGUGCAGAGUCCGCCUCUCCUCCUUCUUCAUCCAGUAGCAGUGGAAGGUCCAGAAUGCCUGAUGGCCAGUGCACAGUGACUGAAGUGUGAAGUCAUGAAAGAUGACAUCUUCACCAAAUGGCUAUGUUUCAUUUCAUUAAUUUAUUCCUCACUGUAUGCUGUCGUUCACUCUGUCACGGAUCGGAUGUGGGCGAAUUGCUCGGUAAAAUAGAAUUUAACAUAACAUACUCCCAUGUUUUUAGGUAAACCACCAAAUUCUAGCAAUCAAAUUUGGUGUCUCUAUUUUGCUCACAAUAAUCGAAAUGUACCCGAACGGUUUAUUUUCAUUCUCAUCCAAUAUAUAGAGAAGUAGAAGUAAUGUUGGGUUUUUACCUUUUUAGUACUGAGUGUUCUAUUACCGAGACAGGAGGCACAGCUUGUUAAUGGGUCAGAUGGAUACAGCAUGUUGUUGCCGUGACAUGUGAACAUACUCAUCAUGGGGUUCAGCUGCCAUCAGUCUGCUCACUUUUUGCCAUUUGGUUGCAGGCAUAUCAUGUUCUUUUAAAAUUUCCCAAAAGUGGAAGUUAAAAGGUAAAAAUGACUUGCCACCCUGCUUCUGCCUGUCCUAGAUAGUCUCACCCUACUAUCCAGAGGGUUUCUGGGAGCCUCAGUCAGGUCUGUGAUGUUCGAGGGAGAAAGCAUUAAUGAGGAUGUUACUCCUUUUCAAAUGGAACUGUGUCUUUAUCAUUAUCAUGAACAGCUGCAUUCUAAUCAUCAACACUUUAACUCUCUCAGCUAACAUAGCACUCAGAAAUGGGCUUGAUGGAGCUCAGUCAUCUGACUACUCUUGCAAAUAAUUUAAUCCUCGAUAAUAACUAGUUCCCAACCUCCACCCUACCUAACUGAUUUUUCUUACUUCAGAUUUAACUGAUUUAUCCGUUGACUUUGGGAAUUGUGUCAUUUCAGAGUAGAUUAUGGUUUGAAGAAAAUAUUAAGGUUGUUUAUCCAGAUAAUGAAAGGAAACAGAGAAGUACUUUGCUAUUCAGCAAUGUGGGUAUUUACAUUUAUCAAUGAAUGUGCUACAAAAUUGUAAUUUAAGAGCCCACAGGAUUAUCUGGCUACCUGCUGAUGGUUUUUCUUUGAUUUGAUUGCUAUUGACCUACAGCUUCUAAAAUCUGUAUUGAUUACAAAUAUUUUAAAUAAAUGUGCAUAAUGGAAGUACAUAUUGAAUUAAUUUGAACCUUUACCAGCUUAAAAUCAUUGGCAUUUUAAUGUGAGGUAUCAGUGUUUUCAUCUUUAAAGCUGUAUUCUAAUUGUUCCCUGACUGAAGUAUUCUCAAUUGGUGUGUUUCUAAAGUUUUGUCGUUUGUGCAUGUUUGAAGAGAGAGUUACUUAAACACUACUGUUUGGCAGGAUGAUGACUGAUAUUUUUUGUUUGAGUUAAUGUUUUUAAUUUGUUGUAGUUUUUGUCUCUUAUGAUUGUAAAUCUGUAUGAUGUCUGAGGCAGUCAGAGAACAAGAACAUGGCGUUGCCAUUGGCCAUCCUGCAGAAGUUAUGUCAUUUUUAUAUUUCUUACAUGCUUACAUCAUCAGCUCAGUCUUAGACCUUUCAUUCUGAAGAAUAAAGUUUAUGUAACAGUUUUUGCUUGGCAACUUUUUUUUGUUACAUGUUUUGUAAUUUAAGAAUAAAUUGUGUCAUUUCAU